AUGAGCACUGGCCCCUUUAUAGCCCCAACACGAGUUGGGAACUCCAUAAUCUGCUCCCAAAACAUCCCUGCAGACUCAUAUACAGAGAUAUAUUCUUUUGGAAGCGACUCAAACCACUUUUCUAAUCUUGCAUAUCUAAGCACCAAGCACCUGUGCUUUGCGAGUGCUAGUGCUCUACAUAUUAUCGACUCGGCGACAGGUACAAAGACCACUAUCCCUUCAUUCACAAUGGGUGGCGUUACGUGUGUAGCAACAACUGGGGACGGCAGCCACCUUGCAGUUGGCCUGGCUAGCGAGGGCAUAGGCGCUAGAGUGCUUAUCUUCAGCAUCGCUAUCGACCGGCCCGAAGGCCCUGCCCGUCCUAUUGAAGACCCUCAGCUUUUGGAGCAUGUUGAAACGACAGUAAAGGGUACGAGUGUGGACCAGAGCCAGACUGAUGCAGCAGAUGAAGAACCACUUCUACCGCCCAUCGAGGUGAAUAACAAGCUCUUCCUGGUCCACAAAGUCACUCUUUCCAAUAUAGGAAGGCUAGGAAUAGAGUCCCUGGCCUUCAAUCAUGAUUCGACUCUCUUGGCUGCGGUGUCCUGUGGGCCAGACUAUCUGCUGUCGGUUCUCAACUGGGCUCAGCGGCGUCUCCUCCUCAAGGCCCCGGCGUUUACCAGCCCUGUUUACAGAGUGAGCUUCUGCAAGUAUACAACUGAUAGAUUGAUAACGGGUGGGCGCACACAUUUGAAGUUUUGGAAGAUGGCUCAGACGUUUACAGGAGUUAAGUUGCAAGGCGAGUUGGCCAAGUUUGGUAUACUGGACUCUUCUGACUGCACGGCGUUUAUAGAGCUUCCUUCAGGGAAUAUCCUUUCUGGGUGUGGCACAGGCGAAAUUGUUCUUUGGGAUUCUAGCACGGUUCGGUUAGUCUUUCAACGGCCUGGGGGGAAGAAGUGCCACGAGGGAAGAAUAGAGUAUAUGAGCUGCGAUCUGGACGGAUUGUUUACGCGUGGGGCCGUUUCUGCCAAGCGAGAUGAUGACACUGUCCUUGGUCAACCACUGACAACCCACCCUCCGACUCUGCUUUACCACACACUCCUGCAGCGAGGGGUACCACCGUUAAGCGACAAUUGGUCUCCUCGAGUAUCAGAAGCAAAUAACUCAUUGGUGCAAGGCCCAUUCACAACUGCGGGCGAGCAACAAGAGGCAAAUUUGAAUGCAGGGGCGUCUGCAACCCCCCGAAAGCCUGACUCGGAUGAAGAUAGUCCACUAACACUUCUUCCUGUGGUUGUCACGGCUGGAUCUGACGGAUACAUAAGACUCUGGUCAGGUCAUCAGCUUCUCCAAGCACAAUUUGUGGACAACAACGAUUCGGUAUUCUUCGAAAUCACUCCGGUAGAGGAGAUUUACAUAGGCCAUGGGGCUUGUAUAAGGAAUAUGGUCCUUUCUUCUGAUUCUACCUCGAUGGCUAUGCAGGACGCGGGAAUCGGAGGGAUAACUCUUAUGGAUAUAGCAUCUCGGAGCAUCAGACGUAUUUGCUAUAGUCAUGGAGGGCCUGUUCGGAGCAUUGCCUGUGUUAAUAGCAGCUCCUCGCUCCUUUUAUCUGGCAUAAACAACGACAUCAAUAAUCUGAACAUCCGCUCUCCGCUUGUGGCUACUGUCGGGGACUCUGGCGUUAUAUUUAUGCACGACUUGGCUUCGCGGAGAAUUGUUUCGGCAAAAAGAUCAGCUUCGGGAAAGGGUACUAAAGUAUUGUUCAUUCAUAACGGAGUGUGUUUGGUUGCUGGAUACUCCGAUGGUUCUGUUAGGUUCUUCUCUGUUUACUAUGAUGCCCAGGAUUAUUCCGGAAAGGACUCUGUCUCUGAGGAGGUUCCGGCAGGUAUACUUGAUGCUAAUGACUGUCUCUUUCUAAUUGCAGCGUACAAGUGCUUUUCGGAUGCCGUUGUGGAUAUAACUUGCUCUCAAGAAGGUGUGGUCGCUGUGCUAAGCGCUUCCGGCCAUCUGUUUUUGAUCCAGACAACCCUCUCAUUGAUCAGACGUGGCUUAAGAAACGACGUCGCCCUUGCACAAACUGGUCAGGAACACAUGUCAUCCCUCGCAAAGGGCCUUCUUAACGUGCGUGAUGCUGCGGAGGAUGAGUCGCAAAAGAAGGCAUUUGAAUUGGCAGUAAUGGCUUCUAAUGGUAUCUUUGGAAUGACUGGGAAGGACAUUCUACCACUUGGAGAGUUUGAUGUAUACUACGCUAUCUUUAAAGAGUCGCCCGAUAAACUCUCACAGCGGCUAGGCCAUCUCUUCUACCUAGAACCCAAUGUAUUGGCCAUGGCCGUACUGAACUGCACCUCUCCAGAAGACAGGCUUGUGGCGAUCACCCUUCCGCCAGCAAAUGAUCUAAUACAGUACAGGCUCAAAUCAGGAUCUAGUAUGACAGACAGCCUAUCUUCCACCACCAUGAAUUUAUCAGCUCCGAGCACAGAACCUAACUUACCAGGAGAACCAUCUUCAGUGUCAUAUAAUUUAAUGCAUAUGUUUAAUUCUGUUCCGUACUUCUUGUCAAUAGCAAUCCCCGUAACCCCCCUACCGGGGACCUGUGAAGGGACGAUCGCCAAAGUAGAGCAGGCAGUCGUGCAGCGGAAAAUCAGCGCGAUGCUCCCUAGUCGUGGGGCCAUGGAGUCGGCAAUGGACGCCCUACUGGCCAUGGAAAUAACGGAAGAAAAACAAGAGGAGGAGUCGACAGAGUCUGAAGAAGAAUACGAUGAGGAUGGGAACAAGAUAGAGGGAAAAAAGAAGAAGAAGCUCAACCCCAAUGACCCUCUUUAUGAAGACAUGAAUCAGCCCCAGAAAUUUGACUUUGUUCAGUUCAGCCUUGUUAACGGGACAGGGCUUGUUAGAUCCAAAGACCUUGCUGGACAGACUCAUAUCAGUGAUGUGUCAGAUAUAGCUACGCCUGGAAAGCUAGCCAUCCUUGUCAAGAUUUUUAUUGAUGAGGAAAUCCGGAAUAGGGCUGACUCGGCGAUGGCGAGCGUUCGAGCCCGUGCUGAGGCAAGUGGCGCCACUGCAUCCAACAUCGCUGCAGGAGACCCCGCUCUCUUCUGUGCUGCCUUAGCCGUUGCCGAAGCUCGUGCAGCAUAUAGGAGCAGCUUAAUAUACCUAUUUGAUUAUGCAGUCAUCAAGAAAUCCUUUUUCUCGCUUAUUAAUGCCAAUUCCAUCGGGUCACGGAGCCUCCUCAUGAAUUCGGGGCUUACGCCGGCAGCAGAUGACAACAGAGAAGAGUCAAGCAAAGAGUCAUCAAAGAAGAUCUUUAUACGGCCAGAAGUAAUCUCCCCGGCGGCUCAUCGGGGACCCCUCAUGGAUGCGCCUGCUCUCAAGGAGGCAGAGCUGGAUGAUGUGGAGUUUGAACCUCAGAAUAAUAAGUCUAUUAGCCUGUUGAUGCGAACCCCUAUCAUGUCAUUUCCUGCUAUGCUUCAGCCCCUCAGGGACUGUGUCAUGGAGGACGCACUGAAUAAGGAGCUGCUGUCUGCCGAACGCUCUGGUCCGGCCGGAAAGGUUUUUGGUACUCUCUUUACUAUCCAGGCUGGUGGCUCUGUGACCAUCGAACCAUACAGAACUGAAGACGAAUUUGCAUCGCUCACUCAGAAUGUUUUAAAAGGAGAAGCGUCAAACCUAAAUCCCCUCGUUGCCAUGCAGCUUUUAGAGCAGAAGUCUGAGUGGUGGACUGCGUACUGUGCUCAGGCAGUUCCAGCUAACGGCCUAUGCUACAUGAACGUGGGAUUUGGCGGGCAUGUCUGCGUCAUCGGAGACAGAUCUGGAAACAUACUCGUGUAUGGAACUCAUGAAGUGAAGGUUCUCUUAGCUAGACUCCAAGCAGCAUACUUAUCAGCAAAUAACAUACAGACCUUUGAUAACGGCCUUUGUACGCGCUAUGUGCGAGAUAAUAUUUACUCCACUGGGAUUAAAGGGUUCAAGCCGUCUGUCUCUCUUGUUUUCCAUGAAAAGGUCUUCUCCCUAAUUUCAAAGGCUGUUUUCAAAGAAAAGGGGGCAGACAUCUUAAAACAGCAGCCAGACACUAUCCCCCUUGAGGGCGAUGAUUUAGAUCAGCAGGCCGUUGUCCAUGACUAUACCACUGCAGAAGAGCAGACCGAGGUAGAAGGAGCGAGCAAAUUUUUGACCCUAGAGCAGGCCAGGCUGUCAGAACUGGAUUCAGCGGCAAAUAAGCUUGGGCAGGAUGGAAAGCAUGCUGUUCUAUUAAAAAUACAAGGUCUCAGAGCCCUCUAUGACACCUUGGUCAAGGAGAAUGCGUCACUACCUUUAGAGAAACGUCUCUAUCCACAUGAGAUCUCACCAGAUCUACUAUUAGCUCAUGAUUGGGUUGGCAGAGAAGAGCGCAGGGCCCAUACAAUUAUAUAUGACGAACUAGGAGAUAUUCUUCGGGGUGUUACUGCGAAGAUUCAGAGCGUCCUCGCCAAUUUUCCUGUGACGGAGUUUACCUACACCGUACGUGCCUUUGCAAAUCCUGCCUUUCAAGUUACCACAUUCAAGUUGUAUCCGUUUAGUGAGAAGUUCGAAAGCGCACUUUGUGAGGCUCUGGGCAUAGAAUCUCUUGAUGAGCUAGACCAGAUUGCUUAUGACCAUCGUAGUGAUUCAGAGGUUGCAAACAACUUAACUACAACAUCUACUAUGAGGGCUGACGCUAACAUAAUGAAUCCUAAUGAUACUAUGGAAACUAGUGAUGUCAGUGACCACUCCAUCAUAGAUAAUGAUCAGCGCGGGUCUCUCAACCAAACGUCAGUUAGUAGGCUGGGUGCAGUGACCCUCACUUCCUUGAGCACCACCAAAAAGUCUUUAGCAGAGUCUAACACUAGUGCGACUAAGAGCGCUCUUGCUCCCUUAAGAUCGUCGAGGACCACGGGUGGUAGUAGGCUUGGUUCAGUGGCGGGCACCCGGACCAUUAAAGCUAUUGACAAGAUCAUUGCACAGACCCUUUCAAAUAAGUUGGGUGAGGCAACAAUCAAGCAAGAUGAGCUUGAGGACACCAUUUCUGACGCCCAAAUAAAGCAGCAACGAGUUUUGCAGCGGGUAGAAGCACGGCAGAAGCGAAAAGAGGAGCUCCGCGCCCUUUUAGCCGAGAAGCCCGAUCCCAGUAAGAUUUCCCCAGAGGACGAAAAAGCAUAUGAUUUCAGCCUCGAAACAUUCGGGCAAUUCCCACUUAAAACUACGGAGGACUAUGUCUUCAAGGUUGGACAAUUAGCGCAGCAACACGAAGACGCGACCGGAGCAGGUAAGAAUGUGCCUCCCGUGAACGUCUAUGAAAAUAAAGAGGGUCGCUGGCUACAGUUCCUGCUAGCUAUAAAGGGUCUUCAUGACGCGCAAAAAGAUUUUAACGAACGUGUGGCCGUUCUGUUUGCCUGCAAGCAGGCUGUGGUCGAAUGCGUCAACACGCUUAAGAAAGAGGCUCUUCGAAUCACUGCUUCAAUAAAGCACAUGGCCGGCCACCUAAUAGCGGCAGACAUAGACGCAAGACUGGCCAAGUACGAGUUUAGCGCCGACCCUGACAAGCUUUUGAGCAUGAUAUCCAUUCAUCCUGAUGAAAUAGCACACAUUCGACGCAUGGAGGUGCACGAUAGAUAUAUUCGUAACUGGGCUUCCAGCAAGCUGGCAGACACACCACUAGACCAGAUUGACAAUACGACUCUCUGUCUUCAGCUACAGUCGUGUUAUUCUCACGCCCCAGGGGAGUUCUUCAACGAAAGUGAUCCUGCUGGUAGUGAUCCGCUAGCGCUACAAUAUCUGGAGUUUUGUGUCUCUAAUAAGAUUAUUUCUAGCGACGAAGCUGAUCGACUACAGAAGCUUCUGGAUGUUCCGCCAACUGGUAUCCAAAGUGCCGUGCAGGAAAUUGUUUUAUCAUCCAGCGAGGCCUUGGGUGGGCUUAGAUAUGGUACGCUUCCGAAACUGAACUACCCCUUAAGUAAUGACGCUAACGACUCAAAUGACGAGUCAAGCAGUGAGUCUGACAAGGUUAACGAGGAUGAAGAGAAUGAGGAUGAGGACGAGCUGGUUAAUAUGUGUCGACCCUAUAUUAACACAGCCAUAUUCAUGGGCGUUCAGGGGCUCGACUCUUCUGUCAACAAGUCUUCCUCUAUCCUCGCAAUCAAUGACUUAAAAGACCCUGAUACUAACGCUAACGCACAGCACUUCCCGGUUGGGAGUGUACCACAUGGUGCAAGAGCUAAAAAGCAUCCUCUAGCCAAAGACGUACUCCUUUAUUCUGGAUAUCAAAUUCAAGAAGCUACUUGUGUUCGCCCCACUGCAGCGUUAGCGGCACAAAACGCUCAGCAUGCGCCAUCUCUAUAUAACAGACACGAUACAUACGAUAUCACCUCGACUCUGGCUCAGCAUAACAACCUGCAAAUGAAUGUCUUCCAGGGGACGCAAAGUUAUGACUCCACCAAGGCCAUCUCUGUGUUCAGCAAGAUGCAGGUUAGUCAGGACUACGCUCAGAAAGCUCACUACUGGAUUUCGCUUGCUCUGUAUUGUAGAAGCCAAAUCCUGAAUAAGAUGCUAUCCUUGGCAACUGCGUUUGAUAAUGCUGUUCGAGAGCUUCAGUACUCAAGCGUUCAACUAAAAAUGGACUUUGCUCGUAUGCGCAUUCGCAUCAUAAGCCUGUUCCAGCAAACAGAAAUCCAUCAUCUCUAUAUUACUAGGGAUGCUAAAUCCAUGGAACACCUCGAGAACUGCAAAAAUGAGCACCGACAAAUAACCAUACAAUUGGAGCAUCUCCGGAAGCAGAUCUCCCAAAAGACUGAGGAGGCGAUGGCCGUCGGGACUAACCUCCAAAAGCUUCUUCGUGAAUUCAACAAUUCUAUUAGCACUGAUGCUCCAUUCAGAACGAAGUUGAUCAAAAUCUAUAACAAAAAGUACAGGGCCCCCAAGCCUAUCAAGCCGCAGGCAGACGCCGAGCCAGCUGGCCUCGAGGCAACGCUAGUCGGAGGCGGAGCGACCAAGAAGGCUCUCGGGUCAACAAACCCAGACGAUUAUAUGGACGAAUCGGAUGAGUCGUCGGAGCUUUCUAAUCUUUCUGAGGGAGGGGUCGAGGAUGAUGAUGAGCCUGUAGAUGAAACAGUUGCCCCGGAGGGCGUUAGCAACGAGCUCUUUAAUUUCGUUCUCAAUUUGCGAUCAAAGAAGCGAGACUAUGACGCACAGUUGGCAGCUAUCCACCAAGAGGCAGAUCAACUGAAGCAGCAGUAUUUAGUCCUUCAGAAAAGGGAAAAGGCAGCAGUCUCUGCCACGGAUGCAGCAAACAGAGAGCUAACACAGUUCCGCGCUGGCAAACAGAAGGAGCUGAACAGCGUGCAGACGGCGGCACUCGUUACUAUGGGCCAGUAUGCAUACAUGAGCGAGGAUGAUACUAUUAUUGAAGAUCUUAGUAACGCUCUUCUCUUUGACGCAAAGGAAAUACAGAACCUCAAAGCUAGAAUAGAUCUCAGGAAGAAGCAGCUGCGACACUUUGCACAGAUUGGAGAGUCUCUCAAAGACACGCACUACGAGCUGCUGCAGAAGGAAAAGCAAGCACAAAAAGACUACAAAAUCUAUAGUGAAAAGCUUGAAGCGGUCCAGAUGCUCAAAUUCGGCCAGCUGAUUGACAUAGCCAAGUUAGACAGCGCGUGCAUAAACGAACAAGCAGAAGAGCUUACCAGAAUUCUGAAUCAGGAAGAAUUAGAGUUCAAGCAAGAUCAGCUCUACAAAGAGACGAUUCUGGAGCGUGGCCGCGAUCAGCUGAAAUAUGCUCUUGACAAGAACACAGAGCUGGUGCUUGAGCUAGCAAGAUUAGAAAGAGAAAGUUUAGAACUUGACAGGGCGAUUCUUGAUAGGCAACGAAAGGCUCCCAAGGCAUGGUGCAGCGAUAACAAACAGGAGCUUGUACGGCAGGAGUACAACAGUCUGAAGCAGGAGAUCAUAAAUCGUGAGAGGGAGCUGCGCACUCUCGUGGAUGAGAUUGCAAUUCUCAAAAACCACGGCUCUUAA